UGGAAUGUAGGAUCACGCCAGAAGGCAUAUUCAGUUUGCGACAUCACCAUUGCAAGACAACCAACUAACUGGCUACGAACAGAUUUUAUUGGCGUCAAGGAUGCUAAAAUGGUGAAUGUUAAACUGAAAUACAAACUUUUGGGAUGUCCAUCAACUUCAAGUCUUUUCUGCAAUUACGCGUUUAGCAUUUAUGUGCUUCAUGUAGAUAAAGAAUUAAUUGGAGUUGAUUUAGACCCUCUCACAGCUAAUAAAGUAACAUACCAAAAAGUGGAAACAAUUGUGCCAACAAUCCUGCCUGCAUCUAGAAGGUUAAAGACGUAUGAUUAUGAUAGUAAAAUCAUAACCAAAAAGGGAGGCGUGUAUCUUGCAUUCUUAGACCAAGGAGCCUGUGUGUUAUUAUCAAGUGUUAUUGUAAGCUACAAUUAUUGCUCCGAGAUUGACAGAGGUCUGGUGAGAUUUUCAAGGACAAGUGCUCCCGUGAAUGACUCUUAUCUAAAGGAACAAACAGGACGUUGUACUGAUGUGAACUCAAUCAACAAAGUGAAACUGUCAGGCGUUUGCCUCAGUAACGGAGAAUGGAAUAUCACUGAUGGAAUCAAAUGCCUCUGUAAACCUGGCCAUGAGCUUGUCAUCGGAUCUGAGGGAAAUGUCCCGGAAUGCAGUGGUAUAAACGGAAAUUCUCUUUUUUUUAAGUGUGGCGGUGGAAGUUUUUUUUAUUCACUUUAUUCAACUUAAUCACUUUAAAUUACCAGUACACAAACACAUUAGUAAUAGGUUACAAAUGAACAAACGUUACAGCUACGAUUAACACACAGACAAUUGAAAAUUACAUAAGAUCAUUUGGGUUUCACAGCUGUGUUAACAGGGCGGUGGAAGUAUUAGCAACAGUUUGUUUCGUUGUACCUUUUUAUGUUGAACCUAGUAUGCACUUGAUACACUCCUUAGGUACAGUAAAGUAUGCUCAGAAACUUAUGGCACCAGUGUGGUACUGUCUCUCCUAGUCUUUAUUUGCCAAUCGUAAACCAUCUUACUCAGGGACACCCAACGACUGUUUAAUCUGUAAAAUAUCUGUUCGGAAAAGCAAACAUGGCCUAGAAUCUUCCAUUGGUUCAGGACGGCUAAAAAUUUCUAGAUGCGCCGUUCCAUUCAUGUACAAUUUUUUAAGCUUGUCUAAUAAAUUUCCUAAAAUUUUCUGAACUUUAUUUUUUAACAUUCCACUCCCCAUGCUGGGCUAUUUUUCGUAGAAAAAGGAAAACUAAAAUGUUAGGAUUCGAAAAUGCAUGCAAUGGAGAGACGAAAAUAGAAAAAUUAUCUCUUUCGUUAUUAAUACUGAAGCCCUUGUAAAUUCGAAGAAGUCUCAGGUUCUCCUAGGGUGACCGAACACCUAUAAAAAUUUUAUAGCGCCGCUUAUUAUGCCCCUUACAUAAUAGCCUAAAAAGUGCUUUCAAUGUAUUUAGGAGGAAAUCGUCGUUGGGUGUCCCUGACUUUGUGACAUGCUGCUGCUCAUUAGACUAAGCUUGCAAACUCUUUCUGUUUCAAACCUUCCAUGCACUGACUUGAAAUCAAUUAGUAAUCUAGCGAAGGUCUGUCCACAUAGUGCUAAGGAAUGUUUUUAUCAAUCUUAUUUUUCAAGCGUGCCUCACAGGCUUUUACAAGAGUGUUGCAAGCAACAGUAAAUGUAACCAGUGUCCUACAAACUCAGCGUCUAAUACUGGAAGAACAGGUUGCUCAUGCCAUGAAGGGUUCUACAAGAAACCUGGAUUACAUGUAGCUCCUUGCAAAGGUAAUCGU